CGAAAAAUAUUUGUACUUUAGCGAGUUGGUGAAGUGUCGCUCGGAAGGACGACUUGAGCGAGAUGAUGCAAGCAUCGGUGGCAAGCCACCGCAUGGAAAUCGACGACGUUCAAGACCGCGAAGACAUGGAGAUAGAAAUGGCAGAACUGGGGCUCUCUGGAAGCCCCAACCUUCACAGCAGCGGUGCCAAGGUCGAUGUCGAGCUGCGGCGGAAGCUGGAACGAGAAACCAUCAUGAAGCAUGAUUCGACACAACUCAAGUUUAAGGAAGCGUGGUUCUUCAUUGAGACGUCGUGGAUGGACAUGUGGAUGAACUUUGUCCUGCACGACGGUCCGCUGCCAGGUCCGCUGUCGAAUCAAUCGUUCUACACCCGCGACAACACACUCCGCAAGGACCUUCAAGUCACCAAGCACUACCGGUGCGUGAAUCCUCGGGUGUAUGCCAUCUACGCCGAGAUCUACGGCACUGGUGGCGCGUUUCCGAUCGCUCGUUACACGUUGGACAUCUACGCAACGCCUAUUCUGCGUGACGACGUCCUCGAGAUACUCAAGCUGCCAGAGUUGAGUGCGUGCGUCGCGGUGACGGAAAUGCGCGAACAGUACGAGGAAUGGCCAGAAGACCCGGAGCCAGUGAUGGGGUGGUGCAGCUGGAUGUACCAGUGCUGCUGUCUGUGCGACCGACUGCCCACCGUGCUCGGUCGCAUCUUUGGCGGUCCAACCUAUGCUGCCGUGGCCACGGACAAAACCAAACGACGCAAAUCCAAGUCGUCGAAGAAGAAAAAGCGCCGGCACCACGACGAAGAGAGCGACGAGAGUGACAGCGAUGCAGACACAGAGGAAACGAGUUCACUUCUGUCGGACGAUCGAGAUUAACAGCAUGGUACCCCUACAAGUUCUUUUCUAGUCGACCGCAUGCGGUCCGUUUUCGACUCGCACGGACAACAGUUUGGCGAUGAUUGCAAAGCUGAAGCAGCCUUGGGGAUCGGUAAACCCCCAUCGAAACGUGACCUCGUCGACCGACUUGGGUGCACAUACCACGACAACUAGAUUCAGACUACCAAGACGAAUGGGAUCGAGCAGUGGAA